CAAAUUAAAAUUCUCAUCAUUCAAAUCCAAAAUUUUCUACAUUCCCUCAUCUGUUUAACCACCCUGGAUUUCUUAUCCUAAAUGUUUUAAUCUCAAACAAAAUUUUGUAUCCUUUAUUAAAUUAAAGAUAUUAUGGAUUCAGGUCGGAGGCCUCGAUUAUGUCAUUUAUUCAAGUGGACUAGUUUUGAUGGGUAUGGUUUCAAUUUACAUGCAGAAAAACAUAAAACGGGCCAUUAUAUAGGCCACAUAGAAGAAGAAAGUCCUGCAGCUUUGGCCGGCCUUUUAGAAAGUGAUAGAGUCAUUGAAGUAAAUGGUAAAAGUGUUGUAAAUUACACUCAUGCUCAAGUUGUGAAUUCAAUUAAAGAAAAUCCUGAUGAAGCUAAAUUACUAGUUGUUGACCAAGUCACAGAUCAAUACUUUGAAGAAGAAAAUAUUCCAAUCAAUGGUGAAUUAAAAAAUAUACUUUACAUUAAAGCAGAUAAACCUAAAAGGGAAAGCAUCAUUAACAUAAAUAAUCCUAGUGGGGACACAAUAAACACUGCAAAUCAAGAUACAACCAAUGUUAAUAUAAAUGCAAAUAAAAACCUACCUAACAUAAAUGCAAAAAAAUCCCUUUCAAAAUCCCUAACCAUUCCGCGCAAUCAGGCAGCCACGUUCGUCAAAUGCUCUCUCAUAACCGACCGUAACUUUAAGGGUUACGGGUUUGAUCUGCGCGACGCGCCGCCUCAUCAGCCAAAAAACAAAGCCUCAACUUCGUCAAAAUCACCGACCGAUAACGGUGAACAGUCGUCACUUUCCGGUGCCGGUCGCUCAUUUAUCAUAUUGGAAGACGCGUCUAGAGCCCUGGACGAUCAACCCGGUUUGGGUACCCCGUUCGAAGGCAAGCACUUUGUGGGUUCGGUUGAUUCCGGCUCCCCCGCCGAAAAAGCCGGUCUCAAAGCCGGCGACGCCUUGUAUAAAGUUAACGAUACACCGGUGCAGGACUAUACGCAUGAUAAGGUGGUUCAAAUGAUUAAAGCCGAUCCCGAAAGAGUUACCUUGCUUGUGGCUCGCAAAAUGUCGUCCACUCCGAGCUCCACCCCAACCAGUGAUUCACAUAGUCUUAAAAACGGAAUUUCCAACUCUCGCGAAAAAGACGAUUUGAUAAAUAAAUCUAACGUAUUCCUCGCGACCAAAGGUGCCACCCAUCCAUCUCCCAAUAAUUUUGGUAGGAAACCAGACGAUACAAAUAAAAUGAACGGAAAUAGUAAUUCGAGAAUCAAUUCACUAGAAGUUCCCAAGAUGAUUGGUAUCGAAGAAUUUGGCCAUGAUAAAUUGCCGGAAGUCAAAUUGUGUCAUCUCAAAAAAUGGCCUAAUUUUGACGGGUACGGUUUCAAUUUGCAUGCUGGAAAGACGGAGGUCCAGCAAGGACCCGAUGGGAAACCGGUGGAAAAGAUUGGUCAUUUUAUAGGGAACGUGGACCCCAAGAGCCCAGCUCAGGCUGCCGGUCUUGUCCCUGGGGACCGAGUUAUAGAGGUUGACCAGGUCAACGUGGAAGACAUGAAUCACAAAGAGGUGGUAAACCUGAUAAAAACGGACCCAGAAAAUACUUGUCUUCUAGUGGUUAAUGAAAAGGACUACGAAUACUUCACCGUAAACAAAAUUCCCAUUAACGCCAGAUCGGAAAACGUGGUGGAAAUGUACUCCAGCCCUCGUUCCACUUUUGAUAAGAAAAACGCCAAUCAGGAAGCGUCACCCAUCAUUAAGGACGUGGCAUCUGUCAAUCACGAAUCUAGACCUAUCGUUGACCAGCGAAAUAACGAUGAAGAAGGCGACGAGAUCCUAAACGUGGCUGCUGAAAGAACUCCGGAUUGGAUCCAAGGAGAUGGAAGCAAUGGGUUAGUGCACGUUGACCGAAUUCCCAUCGAGCAGAGCCCGGACUAUGGAAGGCUCAUCGGAGGACGGCACGAUGUUUCGGACAGUAAAAUGGAAAGUAGUUUUUAUAAGAGAAUGAGUGAAAAGCUUAGCCCAGAUGAUAACUCGUCGUACAAAUCGACAUUCACCAACGGGGAUCGUUCCCCUUCUUCUCAAAAGGAUUCUUGGAAUAUGAGCGCCAACGAAAUAAAAGCGAAGUUAGCCAACGAAUCCCGCAGGAAGAAAGAUUUGAAAUCCGAUAGUCGCACUUUGAAAGAAAAAUACGAAAUUCUGCAAAAGAUGUGAUUUUUUCUUAAUAUUUAUUUUUCUCUCUCCCACGAAUUUGUCCUUUUUAUUUUAUUGAGUAUUCGAAAAAAAGUGAAAAAAACUUUAUUUCUCAAUCUAAUUGGGGUUUUUUUCUUUUUUUUUACGAGUGUGAACGCGAUUCUUCAUCUGAAAUCACAUUUUUUUUUACGCAAAGCAUUUAUAUAUUUCCCCGUGAUUCAAAGCUCGAAACGAUUGUAAUAAUAAAAUAUGAAGAGGGAUUUUUUUUUGUUUAAUUUUAAUUGCGCAAUUUACUUAUAAACGAUUUCAAUUAUCGAUAUACAUUACGAUCCUUAAAUUCCUUUGAUUUUUUUUUUCAUCCAUUACUAAAAAGCCAUUGAAAAUCAAAAAUAUUGGUCUAUUUGACAUUUAUUAUAUAUAUAUAUAUAUAUUCUUUAAAUUAUCGCCAUUAGAAAUGAUUCCGCAUUUUAUUAAGAAUAUAUUAUUUUUUUUCCAACGCCCCUUUGAAAUAUAUUUAAAAAAAUUUAAAAAAAGAGUAAAUAAAGCAAAAAAAAGGGGGGAAUUUUUCAAAUUUUUUUGAACAUUUUCCGCAGGAAAAUCGCGCGUAUUCUUAACUUAACUAAAUAAUCGAAAAUAAAUAAAUGCAUUAUUUUUAAAAAUUGUUGUUUAACAACAUCGUGCAUUGAAAAGAGUAUAAUGAAUUGUUACGCAGUUUUUUUGAUAACAAAAUUGAUUAUGAGUAUUUUACAUAUUUUGUCAUUGAUUAAUAGGUGAUGACUUAUAUAAACAAAAUGCCACACAUAGAUCCGUCCUUCAAAUUGCCAUGCAAAUCUAGAAAAACUAAUCAUUUAAUUUAUUUAUUUUAUCAUGUAUUAUUCCCUUUUUAUAGAAAUUAUAGGCUCCGAUUUGUUUUUCCCCCCUUUUGACCAAUUUUCUAUUACCGGAGCAUAUUUUCAUGAUUAUUUAUUUAUUAUUAAUUAAUUAUUCAUUUAGACAAAUACAUUCACACGCCAAUCAAAAAUGAAUAUAUGACAGAACAUAUCUUCUUUUUUUUUAAAUAUGGUUAUAAAAAAUAAUUGACCAUUUUUUUUUUCUCAAUUAUAUUUUCAAUUCAACAAAUAAAUCAUUGGACACUUAUUUUUAUAUACAAUAUUU